CCGUAUUUCAUUUUCAUUUCGGCUGAGGAAUCACAGGGGGAACGGAGACCCGUAAACUACCGAAACGCCGCCGCAUCGAGCUCCAAUGGCUGUCUCGGCGACUUCGUUUCCCAAGAUCUACGCCUCCUCCUUCGAGUGCCGGUCGGAUCCCGACUUCUCGAGCUCCGCGAGGUCGGAGAAGGCGGGUCCGGGGCGAUUCGCCACCCGAGCCAGCUCGGUCCGCGCCGGUGCGUCGUUUCACGGUCUGUCUUCUCUCAUCUUCAGGUUCCCUCCGAACUUCGUGCGCCAGCUGAGCACCAAGGCCCGGAGGAACUGCAGCAAUAUCGGUGUCGCGCAGGUGGUGGCUGCUUCUUGGUCCAACAAUCCCGCCGCAGCUGGAGUCCCCCCGGCGGCGGCGAUUGCCGUCGACGCCGCCGCAGCAGCAGCGGCCUCGGCGCCGGUUGCUCCGGUCGAGGAGCUCCAGGCCGGUGCGGAGGUCCUGGUCGUUGAUGAGUUUGAGAGUAGUCAGGAUGUACAGUUGAAGGAUUUGGAUUUGAAGGAAGCGUCAUUUCUGAGCUCCGACGGGAGUCUCGCUAUUCAUGCUGGUGAGAGAUUAGGUCGCGGCAUAGUUACCGAUGCAAUUACGACGCCUGUCGUUAACACUUCUGCCUAUUUCUUCAAGAAAACUGCUGAGUUAAUUGAUUUCAAGGAAAAACGCCGGGCAAGCUUCGAGUAUGGCCGAUAUGGGAACCCCACAACUGUGGUUGCGGAGGAGAAAAUCAGUGCGCUGGAGGGGGCUGAAUCAACCCUGAUAAUGGCCUCUGGAAUGUGUGCUAGUACGGUUAUGUUAAUGGCACUCGUUCCAGCUGGAGGGCACAUUGUGACCACCACAGAUUGCUACCGUAAAACUAGGAUCUUCAUCGAGACAAUUCUUCCCAAGAUGGGGAUCACGGCCACUGUCAUUGAUCCUGCAGAUAUGAAAGGCCUGGAAUCUGCACUUGAGGAACAUAAGGUGUCUCUUUUCUUCACAGAGUCUCCUACCAAUCCCUUCCUCAGAUGCGUCGAUAUUAAGUUGGUUUCAGACCUCUGCCAUAAGAAGGGAGCACUGGUAUGCAUAGAUGGAACUUUUGCAACUCCUUUAAACCAAAAAGCUUUGGCCAUCGGUGCAGAUUUGGUUCUUCACUCUGCUACAAAAUUCAUUGGGGGACAUAAUGAUGUACUUGCUGGUUGCGUUAGUGGCCCACUGAAACUGAUUUCCGAAAUUCGUAAUUUGCAUCAUGUUUUGGGUGGAGCUCUCAACCCUAAUGCUGCAUACCUGAUCAUCCGUGGUAUGAAGACGCUGCACCUUCGUGUACAGCAACAAAAUUCAACCGCGCAGAGGAUGGCCGAGAUUUUAGAGGCACAUCCAAAGGUGAAGCGUGUCUACUAUCCAGGCUUACCAAGUCAUCCUGAGCACCACAUCGCAAAGCAGCAAAUGACCGGCUUUGGUGGUGUUGUGAGCUUUGAGGUUGAUGGAGAUUUGAGGACUACUGCCAAGUUUGUUGAUACCCUGAAGAUUCCGUAUAUUGCUCCAUCCUUCGGUGGCUGUGAGAGCAUUGUGGAUCAACCUGCAAUCAUGUCUUACUGGGACCUGAGCCAGGGGGAAAGAGCCAAAUACGGGAUACUGGAUAACUUGGUGAGGUUCAGCUUCGGUGUGGAGGACUUCGAAGAUCUGAAGGCUGACAUACUGCAAGCUCUGGAGGCCAUAUAAGAGAGGGGACACCUGCAAAUCACCUGAAACUGCGCUGCCAUUUUUCUUCGGCUUUCCUUUUUAGUAUGUUUUCCGUAAAUCGUUGGUGCUUCAAUUGGUAUUUUGAUCACCAAAUGUUAUGUUGUCUCAACCGGCAUUCUCUUUUGAAUGCGUUCCCCUUUGGAUUGCAAUAAACAUUCUUUCAGGAUGAAAUGCUUCUUCUGGAUGCUAUUGCUCAUUUUGCUGA